CUUUGAAGUCGAGUCGAGCCGGAAGAAUGCCUUUACGCAUCCACAAUUUGGCAGCUCCGGCUGCGCAGCGCCUUCAUUGGGCUCUGCCUCGGACGUCUCCCUGGGUUUUUAGCCCGAGUAGCACUCGACAUCUUUCCACCGAAAAAGUUUCAGCGGCUCAGAAACCAUACUACAUCACCACGCCGAUAUUCUACGUCAAUGCUGCUCCCCAUGUUGGCCACCUCUAUACCAUGGUCCUCGCGGACAUCAUCAAGCGAUGGAGAGUACUGAAGGGACAACAAGCAUUGCUAUGUACUGGCACGGAUGAGCAUGGGUUAAAGGUCCAACGAGCCUCCGCAAAAGCUGACAUCGAACCGAAGCUCUUUUGUGACGACGGCGCUGCCAUUUUCAAGAAGCUUGCGCAAAACGCUCUUCUCACCAACGAUCAUUUCGUACGCACAACAGAUAGAGAACACAAGGACGCCGUCGAGUACGCGUGGUUGUUGCUGAAAGAGAAGGGCUACAUAUAUACCGAGAAGCAUGAGGGCUGGUACUCUGUCACCGAUGAAGCAUUCUACCCCCAAUCAGGAGUAAAGCCCUUUAUCGAUCCGCCCACUGGUCGCAAGAUGAUGGUGUCAAUUGAGACAGAAAGUGAAGUAGAAUGGUCGUCCGAGACCAAUUAUCAUUUCCGCCUUUCGUCCUUCCGCAGCCGCCUAUUGGACUUUUACCGGGCCCAUCCAGACUGGAUCACACCAGAGCAUCGUAUGAAGGAGGUUGUUCAAGCCGUGGAGUCCGGCCUCGAGGACUUGUCUAUAUCGCGUCCGUCAGAUCGACUAAAGUGGGGAAUUCGUGUGCCAGGAGAUUCGUCGCAGACAAUCUACGUUUGGCUGGAUGCGCUGAUGAACUAUGCGACAAAAGCGGGAUAUCCAUGGACACCUGGCCAAGAUUACGCUGGCGGCUGGCCUGCCGAUUGCCAUGUUAUUGGCAAGGAUAUCGUUCGGUUCCAUUGUAUCUACUGGCCAGCUUUUCUCAUGGCACUCGGCCUCCCCCUUCCUAAGAAGAUCCUCACCCACGCACACUGGACAAUUGGCGGCUACAAGAUGUCAAAGUCUACCGGACGGGUGGUUGAUCCCUUCCUCGCACUUGACCGGUUCGGGCCUGAUGUAAUGCGAUACUAUUUGGCUCACGAUGGUGGUAUACGAAAUGACUCUGACUACGAUAGCAAUCGCAUCAUCGGCAUGUACCACAAGGUCCUUAGCAACGUCAUAGGAAACCUGGCCUCCCGUGUUAUGAGAGGAAAAUCCUGGAGCGUCCGGGGAGCAGUACUGCGAGCCGGGACUUUGGGAUUCGAAGAAUGGGAAGCCGCAUGCAUCGAAAGUGAACAAGCGGAACAAGCUGAGCUCAAACGGGCCAAGCAGAUGGAUUCGUUCAUACGAAGCACUGAAUCUGGACAUCCCAUUCCGCUUGCAGGUAUCCAGGAGGUUGAACAAGAUGAAGACGAUCGACCAUUGCCAGGAGCUCCAGGUCAACGUUUCUAUAUGAACACUUUGUCAAAAGCACCGUCGAAGGUUGCUCAAGCGCUCGAUGCAAAUGACCCCAAAAAAGCCUUGGAGGAGAUUGCAGAAUUCGCGCGUAGGUCAAACCAAUUCUUCCAAAUGUCCGAACCGUGGGAUAAGAUAAUCCCAUUCGGCCCGAAAGAACCCGGGGACGAGGUGGAUCGUAUUGUAUAUCUUGCCGCGGAAGCUCUCCGCAUGGUGGGCAUCUUGCUGAUGCCAUAUAUGCCCACAAAAGCCAAGAUGCUUCUCGAUCAGCUGGGCGUUGAUAAGUCGCGUCGGACCUACUGGUAUUGCAAGCCAGGUGCUGAUCUGCACUAUGGUACACCUUUGGUCUCUCUCGGUAGCAAAAGCAAAGGCACUUUGUUCCCUCCGCUGUUUAGCUACGAAUGA